UCCCACGCCGGGCGCGGCGGGGGCGAUGGGCAAGUCCGGCGAGGAGGACUCGCGCCUCCGGUAGCGCCCGGCGGGGCUCGCUCCCUCCGGGAGCGCUUUGCUCCGGCGCGUUUAAGAAAGAGGAAGGGAGAAAAGCAUGACACGGAUUCUCCCGGGGAAGCGGAGGAAAAUGUACAUCCCGACGACAUGUAAGUACCCGGCGGCUCUGCCCGCUCUUCCCAGAUGUCUCCCGCGAGCAUGAGUCCAUGCAGAAGUUAAGUCCGCAGUUCCAGAGAAGAAAACCUGCCAGCCACCCCUCCACUCCCGGCCCUCCAACUCUGUCCAGCCUGGUCCUGACGAGAGAGCUCAACCCCGAGCUCCAGAUUGCUAACUGAUCCUGCAAGGACACUGCCCCCUGCCCUCUUCCCUGCCUCUGCUAUGGACACUUCUGCUUUUAGCCUCCCCACACCGGCAGUGUUGGAGGAGGGGAAUGCCUCCAGUAGCUGGGCAGGCUUUACUACCCCCAACAGCUCCUCCACUGUCAGCCCUGGUGUAGUUGUCAGUGGUGUCCUCAUCCCCGUGGUCUACCUCAUUGUCUGUGUGGUGGGAUUGGCUGGGAAUUCCCUGGUCAUUUAUGUGGUCCUGCGGCACUCCGUGAGCGAGUCGGUGACCAACGUGUACAUCUUGAACCUGGCCCUGGCUGAUGAGCUCUUCAUGCUGGGCCUGCCCUUCCUGGCUGCGCAAAAUGCCCUGUCCUACUGGCCCUUUGGUUCUUUCAUGUGCCGCCUGGUGAUGGCCGUGGAUGCCAUCAACCAGUUCACCAGCAUCUUCUGCCUGACGGUGAUGAGCGUUGACCGCUACCUGGCUGUGGUCCACCCAGGGAAGUCCUCCAAAUGGAGGACAGCACGGGUGGCCAAGGCCGUGAGUGCAACCGUGUGGGUGCUGUCUUCCAUAGUGGUGCUGCCCGUGGUUGUCUUCUCAGAUGUCCCUUUAGGGAUGAGUACUUGCCACAUCCAGUGGCCAGAGCCUGCCUCGGUGUGGAGAGCUGGCUUCAUUGUCUACACUGCUACCCUGGGCUUCUUUGGACCACUGCUGGUGAUUUGUCUCUGCUAUCUCCUGAUUGUCGUGAAGGUUCGCUCCUCUGGCAGGCGGGUGAGGGCUCUGUCCUCCAAGCACAAGCUUUCAGAGCGCAGAGUGACCCGCAUGGUGGUGACUGUGGUGGCUGUCUUUGUCCUCUGCUGGCUUCCCUUCUACGUCCUCAACAUAAUCAAUGUUGUCUGCCCGCUGCCAGAGGAGCCAUCCCUCUUCGGAGUCUACUUCCUUGUGGUGGUGCUGCCAUAUGCCAACAGCUGCGCCAAUCCCAUCAUCUAUGGCUUCCUCUCCUACCGCUUCAAGCAGGGCUUCCGCAGGGCCAUCUUCAGGCCAUCCCGCCGAGUCCAGAGCCAGGAGGUGCCAGCAUGCUCCCCAGAGAAGAUUGAUGACGAAAGGGAAGAGGGUGAGAUCAGCAAGAUCACCAGGAAUGGAAAUGACAGGCAGGAGCGCCCUCUAAGCAGCGGAGAAGGAAAAAGCAAUGAGCAAAAACCACUCCCUGAGGAGCCUGCGGGAUGCGAAAAGAGCAGCAAGUUGCAUGUCAGUUAUUUAUGAUGAAAGGAGUGGUGCAGGGGAAAGAGACAUUGGAACAUGGGAUCCCCUUCACCUUCUCUGCUUUCAAAGGCAAUGGGAGACAAUACAAGGGAAUAAUAAAGUCCAAGAGUAGGUUUAAAGAUGAAUAGGGCUCCAUGAUCUCAUGGAAGAAGCAAGGUGUUGUUCUUGGCUUUGGAAUAGGCAGCUGAAGUUUGUGUGGUACCAGUGUUACCAGAAAUUGGUAAAAAAUAAAAACUCCUUAACACUAA